AUGUUGUGGACCGCGAGCCUCUGCCUCCUCUGGGCCUCGUCCAUCUUUGGAGCCCCGGCAAACAAACAGAGACAGAAGGUGCUCCUGAUCUCCUUCGACGGAUUCCGGUGGGAUUACGACCGUGAUGUGGACACGCCGCACCUCGACAACAUGGCCAAGGAUGGAGUCAAAGCCCUGUAUGUCACACCUCCUUACCUCACUAUCACCAGUCCUACACACUUCACCCUCUUGACAGGCCGCUACAUUGAGAAUCACGGGGUAAUCCACAACAUGUGGUUCAACACAACCAGCACGGAGAAGAAGCCGUACUAUCAGACUCAGUUUGUGAAUGAAUGGUGGGACAAUGGCACUCUGCCUAUCUGGAUCACAGCACAGAGACAGGGCCUUAAAGCUGGCUCUCUUCACUUCCCUGGCACAGCUUCCAGUUACCAGGGACAGGUUGCUAUGGUGCAGGAAGUGGAGCCACUGCUCUACAACUACAAGGAUGAGACCGCUUGGCGCAAGAACUCAGACAAGGUGAUGGGCUGGUUCAGAGACAAGGAUCUGGACUUCAUAACCCUGUACUUUGGCGAGCCAGAUGGCACGGGCCACAGAUAUGGCCCAGACUCGCCAGAACGGCGGGACAUGGUCAGGCAGGUGGACCGAACGGUGGGCUACAUCCGACAGUCAGCUGAGCGACACGGACUGACCGACCGCCUGAACAUUAUCAUCACGUCGGACCAUGGCAUGACAACGGUGUACCGGAACGGUCUGGUGGAGGAGAUCACCCUGACCAAGAUCCCGGGCUUCUCGUUCCGCGAUGUGUCCUUUCACCUGGUGGACUUCGGGCCUUCUGGGAUGCUGCUGCCGAAGCCGGGCAAGCUGGAGAAAGUUUACAACACCCUGAAGGGGGCCCACCCACACCUCCAUGUGUUCAAGAAGGAGGAGAUGCCAGAGCGUUUCCACUUCUCCAAAAACGACCGCAUCCUCCCCAUCAUUUUAUUGGCCGAUGCUGGAUAUGUAAUCAACGGGUACUUUCCGGUUCAGUUCAACAAAGGCGAGCACGGCUUCGACAACCACGAGAUGGACAUGAAGGCCUUCUUCAGGGCAGUGGGGCCGGCGUUUCACAAGAACCUGGAGGUGGGGCCCUUCGAGACGGUCAACAUCUACCCCUUGAUGUGUCACAUCCUGGGCAUCCAGCCGGAGGUCAACGACGGACACCUCGACGCCACCAAACACAUGCUGCGUACCAGCGUCACCACUCGGGGUGGAGAUUUGCUGCAAAAUGUCUUCACCGGUCUGGCUGCUGUGGCUGGAUUUCUGGUUGUAGUUUUUAUAGUGGGGACGUUACAGAAUAUCCUCAAAAACAAACGCAAGAGUAAAAGAUCAGGAAGUUCAAAGCAUCUUCCAAAACAGACAAGGCAAACUGCAUUUUGA